UAAACCGCAAAUUUAGCCGCCGAACGGACCGGGUUUCGUUAAAGCUGAGACUCAAAGCGGUGCUGAGCAACCCCCGCCACCAGAGAAUGCUUCGGUCUUGCAUUUAUCUUCCCAUUGAUAAGCUCAUCAAUAUAAACCUAACAUUGAUAAGCUCAUCAAUAUAAACCCUAACCCUAAACAGUAAGACUGCAAACUCUCUCCAGUUACCCGCGGGAAUAGUGUUUCACGGGCAGGUCAGAAGUAGCUUUGACAUCGCCGCUAACCUGUAGCGCACGGAAUCGUGAAGGCCUGCAGUCUUCAUGUCAGGGAAACCAAAUCUACAGUUGUAGCCCUGCUGGGGCGGUCCUACUCGGGGUUUCCUUAAUAAAGACGUUAAGAGUAGGCUACUGCGCUUAACUCGGCAAUUCGCGCUUAGCGUCAACCCUUCUCCCCGGUAGUUGCGGUUGGCUGAUCAUCGAACCGCCCAGAUGCAAAAUGAUGUUUUAGAAACUGUUCUGUUUUGGUGAGGCGCGGAACUGGGAAACAUCUGUAAGAAAGAGACGAGAUCUUCGGCGGAAUGUUUUUUGAGCGUGAAUGAAGAGAACGUUACCACACCAUCUUAAAUGCCCAAAGUUAAUUCUUUUCUUUUUUUCUGAAUUAUGUACCUUUGUCUCAAAGCCCGUUUUCCGGUGUAGGCGCUGCAUUAUCUGCUUGUAGUAGAGACCGGGAAAUGUUAUGGACUUGGUAAAUCUGUGCGCGCGGGCACCGCUUAGACCCCCCUCCGUCCCACCUCUUCCCUCUCUCUCUCUCUCUCUCUCUCUCUCUGAAUCUUUGAGCGAGCCCCACCCGAUAGUGCCCUGCCUGGCGCGCGUCCUUCACCAGGCCUAAUCACGUUAGAACAGCACAGUUUGAUUUUGAGAGUGCGCCUGAGACAGUCGUCGAGCGCAUGGCUUGAACUGGCGUGUCCUGGCGUGAACUGGCGUAGAGUGGUCCGCGGUAGCUCCUCGUGGUGUGGGAUGCGUCGCCGACCGAGGACAGAUAAUAAUGGGAGGAUGAACAAUUGUCAGCGGGUAUAGAUUAAGGAGAAGAACACAGAAGGCUUGUAUCAUUUCUUUGCUGUUCCUAUUUUCGAGGAUUGUGAUUUCAAACAUCCGUCACAGUUUACUGAUCAAUCAUGACAUGGCAAGAAAGGACAGCGAACAUGUUGACAGUUUUGAAAACGCUCGUUUCCGACAAGAGGCACGCAGUGACAUUUUGAAGUUAUUUUACAAGAACGGUAAACGUGAAGCAGAUUGUUUUUUUUUUGCUGAAUGUUAAAAUGACUUCUUAAAAAAUAUGAUAUGUGGACUUUAUUGCGUUGUGUCGAUAUAUUUAUUACUGAUGGGUAGUCCAAACAUAGGAAUUGUCGAGACAAUUAUGGGUCUGUAGGCAAGGACUGAACAAGGCGCGUUUGUGUUGUCUGUGCUCCGUGCCCACGGGGAAACGGAGAACGGACUCCUUUUUCCGUUUGUUUCGGUUGAAACAUGGCAGCGGCUAUCGCCAGCGGUUUGAUCCGACAGAAGAGACAGGCACGGGAGCAACACAUCCACCGGCCGCAGACUCACAGACGAAGAAAAAGCCCCAGCAAGAAUAAAGGUCUUUGUAACGGGAAUCUGGUCGACAUCUUCUCCAAAGUGAGAAUCUUCGGUUUGAAGAAGAGGAGGCUACGGAGACAAGGUGUGGACAGAGAUCUGCAGCUGAAGGGGAUUGUGACCAGGCUGUACUGCAGGCAGGGAUUCUACCUGCAGAUGAACACAGACGGACACAUGGAUGGGACCAAAGACGACGCCACAAACUCUUCUCUCUUCAACCUCAUCCCGGUGGGGCUUCGUGUGGUGGCUAUCCAGUCAGUGCAGACAGCGCUGUACAUCGCCAUGAACGCAGAGGGACACCUCUACUCAUCUGAGCUGUUUACCCCAGAGUGUAAGUUUAAGGAGUCUGUGUUUGAAAACUACUAUGUGAUCUACUCGUCCAUGCUGUACAGACAGCAGGAGUCUGGCCGGGCCUGGUUCCUGGGGCUCAACAAGGAGGGCCAGCCCAUGAAGGGCAACCGCGUGAAGAAGACCAAACCAGCCGCACACUUCCUGCCCAAACCUAUAGAAGUGGCGAUGUACCGGGAACCUUCACUGCAUGACGUGGCUAAGGCCACGCCCAGACCUGCCGGGGCCCCACCCAGUAAAAGCUCCACCAGCGAACCAGUGGUCAUGAACGGGGGCAAGCCAAUCAACAAGCCUGACAAGGAGACAUAACCCCUCCUCCUCCUCUCCCCCCGGCAUGACAAGACCUGAGACUCCACCCACUGCACCCAAACUCUCCUUCUGAUUGGUCGACAAUGGGCCAAGUCGAGGAGGUGGUGGGGAGAAGGAGAGGAAGGAAGGGGAGUAGGAG